CUUUUCCAGAUCUCGUGAUCAGGCAGGAUGUGACGCCGCAAUGGAUGGCAGCACUCGCCGCACUCUACCGUUUGUGAAGUGCACGGCCGCCAGCGAAGUGAAUAACUGUGAUAUGGCAACUGGACGAUGACGCGGAGGUUGCAGCUGAUUCUCCUGCUACUGGCUGUCACCGAUGGCUUGCCCCAGCGGCCAGCCAGCGAGGAGGAUCCAGACUCGUCGUCGCCGGACGCGGUGGGCGCGGCCUCCGCCCGCCUCCUCCGCGUGGUGGCCCCCUCCCAGUCACGUCGCAAUGCCGCCCUCAAGCGACACGUCACACGGCCGGAGUCAUCUAGCGGCGGCCGGCGAGGCUCGCUCAAGGUCAUCCGCCGCCGCAAGGUGGCAGCACCGACGACCACUGAGCGCAGUUUCGGCGCCUACCUGGAACCGCCGUUCCUGGCGCUGUUGAAUGACUCACACUUCAGCCUGCAGCCGGAGUUCCUGCUGGCACAGGGGCUGGUCGGCGAGCAUCAGCUCCAGCCCUUCAUAGGGUUUGGCCGGCGGCUAGGGUCAGGCGAGGUGCAGGGCGCGCAGGCGCUGGGCUCAACCCGCAGUGAGGUGGUGUCUGGCGCCGGAGAGGACGCCCGCGGACGCGGGCGGGGUCGAGGUGCCACCCAGGGACUCAGUGAGGACAGGCUGAAGGCCAGGCGGAAGGCAGUGAGGGGAGGCGGUGGCAUCACACCGGAGGCGGCACCGCUUGUGAGUGAGACGAUCACGACAAAGCCAGCUGCAGUGAAACGUGUGGGAACAAAUGCUACGGCGCCGGCGGUGGAGAAUGAAAUCGACAGUCCGCGGAAGUUACCCUUAGCUGACGGCGAGGUCAGCGCCACAGAGCUGAACAACGUGACAACCCCGACACCACCGGAUGCUGAAGCAACUUCAGUGAAAACGUCAGCUGACGUUACACCUACCACCGACGAGGCAACUGCGACGACCACACAUCCAUCCCUCGCAGCUUUCUCCGUAGAUGGGCUGACAUCGGCAGACUCCACCACGACAGAGGUCGCCCCAGCGGCAGCGGACGAAGUGUUGCCGCCGACGCACGCUGAGGUCGAACAUGUGAGUGCGCCGGCCCCCUCGGGGAAGGCGGAGGGUGACUCGAACGUAGCGGCAGUCGAAUCCCCGAGCACAGCGACCGUUUCGACCGAGGCUGAAACCUCAGCCCACCCGCCCCAGCCCAGGCCGAGCGAGCGGCCGGCUCGGCCGACCUCGGGCGGCGUCGAGUCGGCGUCGCCGUCACGACGACCUCCAUCGGCGCUGAUCCGCGGUCGUCUGGGCCGCUACCGCAGCCGCCUGCAGGGGGUGCGCGGCGGACGACGGAGGACCAGCACCACACCGCCACCGCCGCCAGAACACAAGGAGAAGCAGGAGGUCAGCAAGGUGCUCGGUCUGCUGGCCAAGAUCAGAAACCGGACGCGCGUGUCGCCAGCCCUCAUCGCGCGGGGCGGGGCGCCUGGAGGUGCUGGACGCAGCCGCGUGGGAGAUGGCACAGAGUCGCCUGCUGGGAGAGCAGCCUCACCAGCACCAUCAGCCGCGAGACCCGCAGGACGAGCGGACACGACGCCUGCUGACGCGACAAGCGAUUCCCCGGAAGGCAGCUCGCGGCCGCCGACGUCGUCAACAGCAGCCGGUCCAUCCCCUGCCUCACCGUCUGAAGCGGCAGCUGAUGUCCCCACCACGUCUGAGGUAGCAGCUGAUGUCCCCCCCACAUCUGAGGUAGCAGCUGAUGUCCCCACCACAUCUGAGGUAGCAGCUGAUGUCCCCACCACGUCUGAGGUAGCAGCUGAUGUCCUCACAACUGUCCUCGCGACCCCGCAGUCUAGCAGCUCGACGGAACGGGGCACCUCCAGGCAGACCGCCGGUCGGGGAGGACCAUCAUCGCGGAAGAGUUCAGACGCCCGACGCCGUGGACGCCCGGAAGCGGUGUGGGCAGGCGCAGCUUCGACGUCGGAGAACACCGCGUCUGCCGAACGCCGUCGCCGCCUCGAGUCGCUGCGCCGGGCCUAUCCCGUGGAGAACAAGAGCAGCCAGAACCUGCUGGCGCGCCGCCUACGGCAGCGGCAGAACGUGUUCUCCGCCUUGGGCGGCGAUGGCGGCCACAGGGCGGCGUCGACAGGGCACGACGGCGGCUCCACGGCCGCCGCACUGCCGGCCGCGCUGCUGCCCACCAUGGCACCGCUGCCGAUCCUGCUGUCGACGUUGCCCGCGCCGUUCCGGGCGGGCCUGAUCACGGCGCCGCCGCUCCGACGCAACUUCACCGUGAGCGUCACGUUCCCGCCGACAUCGCAGACGACCGUGCGCACCGGGGGACGCUCGCCGGGUGGCGGCGGCGCGGCGGUGACGUCGGCUGGUCAGCCGGCCGGACGUGUGCUCGGCACCUCCCUGCAGACGUCCGUGUCGGUCGCCGUCUCGCCGCUGGAGUUCAAGCUGCGGAAGCGGGUCAGCCUGGCGCAGGCGGCGAACGAGGCAAGGGGACGUGAUGCCGGGGACAGCGUAGCGGCCGGGAAACGGCAGGGAAGCGAUGCACAGCGGGCAGGUGGCGGGCGGGCGUCUGGAGAGGUGUCUGAGGGAGACACCGCGCGGACAAGUGGUCCCAGUGGUGAGAGCAGCGCGCUGCCGGAGCUUGACGACCCGCCGGCUCCGUCGACGACCACCGAGAGAUCGCGCAACGCCUCCACCACGCAGACGUACAGCCCCACGCCGGAGCAGAGCUUCGACCAGUUCACGGUGCGCGCGCCGCGGCUGAGCCUGGCCGAGGUCGCGGCGGCCGCCGAUGCCAGCAACAGGACCCGGCACACCAGCCCGACCUCCACCGCCUCGUCCCACUGGCAGGAGGAGGACGAGCUCGUCCAGCGCGUCCUGGAUGCUGGGCCCACCUCGUCGACAGCCCCGCCGAGCGCGGCGAGCUCGCCGCUGCCAUCGGUCGGUCGGCGGCGGCCAGCGGUGCGCGAGGUGUUCGCUGAGGAGGUGCUGCUGACGGAGGAGGCUGAGAGUCGGCCGCUUUACCUGGUGUCGCUGCUGUUCGUGCUGCCCGUCGUGGCCGUGGCGCUGUGGUACCUGAAGAAGAACCACCUGGACAUGCGGCAGCUGGUGCCUCAGCGUCUGAAGUCGAUGUUGGGACCCGACUCGUCUGACGUCACCAGGGAUGACGUCACCAGGGAUGACUUCUACCUGCCGACAGAGGAGACCAGCAGCAAGGUCGCCACGAUGCUGAUCCAGGACACGCUGGCGCGGCGCAGAAAGUGGGAGCAACGACCGGCAGCGCCUGCGCCUGCAGGCCGUCCUGGGAGAGGGCACUUCGGCCAGGUGAGUGCCACUACGGCCGGGGAGUCGCAAGCCGUCCUGGGAGAGGGGCACUUCGGCCAGGUUUGGAGGGCGGAGGCGGACGGUGUGCGUGGUCACGAAGGCACGCUCCUGGUCGCUGUUAAGAACGUCAAGACAGCGCUUCUGCCAAAGAUAAGCAGGGUAAUGUUACGCAGCAUCGCGAUCUAUAACGAACCUGGGCAGCCACCCAACGUCGUCACACUGCUCGGCUGCGGCACAGAGGAAGACCCGGUGCUGGUCGUGAUGGAGUACGUGGUGUUCGGUAAGCUGCUGACGUACCUGCGUGAGAACCGCGGCCGCCACAACUACUUCAACUUCUCGCACGACUCGGCUGUGCUGACCUCCCGCGACCUGACCCUGUUCGCGUGCCAGGCGGCCGCCGGCAUGGAGUACAUCGCCGCGCAGGGGUGCAUUGUGCACCGUGACCUGGCCGCUCGCAACAUCCUGGUGGACCACAACAAGGUGUGCAAGGUGUCCGACUUCGGCAUGUCCAGGAGCCAGCAGGAGAUCAGUUCGGAGGUGUUCGAGCAGAACACGGUUUUGCGGUGCUUCCACCAGGGUGCUCUGCCGAUACGUUGGAUGUCGCCCGAGUCACUCUACCACAACACCUUCAACCAGAAGACUGACUGUUGGAGCUUCGGCAUCCUUCUCUGGGAGAUCAUCACACUGGGUUCGACGCCGUACCCGGGCCUCUCAGCGCGGGAGGUGAUGCGCUCGGUGCGAGAGGGCUACCGGCUGGAGCGGCCCGACCACUGUCACCCGCAGCUGUACCAGCUGGCCGCCAGCUGCUGGGCUGCAGAGCCCAGCUGGCGGCCCAGUUUCGCCGAACUCCGCAACGACCUGGAGGUGCUGCUGGAGGAUCAGAAACCAGGGCUAUCGCGCACGACGCUCCUGCUGCUGCUGCUGGCCCUGGUGUGGGCGCAGGUGCUGGAGUACCGCGCUGAGCCGGUCAGCCCGACAACGGUGCGAACGGUGGCGCCGUUCCCGCGGCUCACGCUCUGCCCCGGCCAUCGACUCGAGGAGGAUCUGAUCAUCGACCUGUACCACCAACUGAUCAACGGCUCGCUCUCGGUCGUCGAGUUCUACAACCGGACCACGCUGGAGAUCCUGCCAACCGGCUAUGACCAGCUGCAGAUCAUCAGGGGCCACCGCGGAAUCAGCACCGUGCCUCUGCCGGGGCCGCUGGGGGUCUGGCGGCAGCGCUUCUUUCUGCAUCUGGGAAGGCGGCGGUGGCAGCCGAUGCGCUGUCUAACGUUCGAGCCGAGCGCGGCACUGCACCGAAGCUGCCACAGCCCACUCUCAGUCCGACUGCUGCUGCACGUGCCCGUCCUCUUCACCAGCAAGGCCAGCCAGGUGGCCUACCGGCUGUACGUGCACGUAAGAAGACCGGCAGCGCAUCAGUACGUGCCCAGCAGUCUGGCGGAGGACCUGCGAGGCCGCGACUGUCCCAGCGCCUGCCGCGGAGUCGCCUAUAACCUGAACCAGGAGAGUCUGACGGGAGGAUGCGACGACCACGGCAGCACCGUGUCCCCGUGCUUUACGGAAGCGUUCUUGACGCUCGACCUGGCUGCCGACGAGGUUCAGGAGGCGGUUGCCUUCACGCAGAGCACGCUGCUGGCCGACAUAGGCGGCUUCCUCGGCCUGGUCACCGGGUUUUCGCUGCUCGCCCUGGCGGACAUGGCGGAGGCUCUGGUGUGUGGCGUCGACUCGUCGUCGCCGGACGCGGUGGGCGCGGCCUCCGCCCGCCUCCUCCGCGUGGUGGCCCCCUCCCAGUCACGUCGCAAUGCCGCCCUCAAGCGACACGUCACACGGCCGGAGUCAUCUAGCGGCGGCCGGCGAGGCUCGCUCAAGGUCAUCCGCCGCCGCAAGGCGGCAGCACCGACGACCACUGAGCGCAGUUUCGGCGCCUACCUGGAACCGCCGUUCCUGGCGCUGUUGAAUGACUCACACUUCAGCCUGCAGCCGGAGUUCCUGCUGGCACAGGGGCUGGUCGGCGAGCAUCAGCUACAGCCCUUCAUAGGGUUUGGCCGGCGGCUAGGGUCAGGCGAGGCGCAGGGCGCGCAGGCGCUGGGCUCAACCCGCAAACACAAGGAGAAGCAGGAGGUCAGCAAGGUGCUCGGUCUGCUGGCCAAGAUCAGAAACCGGACGCGCGUGUCGCCAGCCCUCAUCGCGCGGGUCUAG